AACCCGGAACUUUUACUCUGUUUAUCGUCUCUCACUCUCAACCUCGAAGACACCCCAGCCGAACAAAUUCAAGAAGCAACAACUUCUCAAAUCCAAAUCCCACCUAAAGGAAAUAAUUAA